CCUGCCGCCUGCCACAUCUGGAGCCGCUUCCCAACACGAGAAACUUCAACUUUUGCUUUUUUACGCUGCGCAAAAACACUCAGGCGUUUGCGCGUAGUCUGUCCGUCAGGGCGAAUUUGGCUCUCUGUUGAUAGUAAGUAGAGAUUCUUGAAGCCAAGUUGGCGUUUCUGUCUUCUCUGAGCGUUUUUUAAACCCAUCACCAUUGGUAAACAGAGCCGAGUUUCAUACAUUCAGUUUGUUGUCGAAGUGACACGCUUGUUGCGCACGGUUCCUGGAAACAACACAGAUGAAACGUUUCCAUGUGAUGUUAAUUUAUAAAGAGUGGGUGGGGGGAAAAGGAGAGCACUGAGUUGCAAAUCACAUGUAUGAAAAGUUUGUAAUUUCACGCUCUGCUCUGUCACAAAGCUGCUCCUUUACUAAUAAAGCCUGUCUGAGAGCUGCUGGUUCACUGCGCGAUAUGCAUGAAGGCGUUGAUGGGGACGUGAGUCAGAGCAGGAAUGAAGCUGUGAAAUUCAACAGCGACUAGUGAUGGAGUGAUACAAUUUGGACUGCUCUUUUUUUUGUCUAACACUGAUCUAACGUUUGGACCAGAGGACUGGAAUAAGCCAUAAGGCGCACGGCUCCAUACUGAAGUGUUUAAGUUAGUCUGAGGGGAAAUUUAAAAGACCUAAAAAUACAGCGUUGGUUUCUUCCCUACAAAGAAUCAUUUGAACUUCCCACCGCAGAGCGAGAGCGACAUAAAUAGUUCUGACAUGUGGAUGUAAUUUCAGAAGAGGAAAAAAAGACAGAUGCAGAGAAAUAAAGCGCGCCGGCUGAGUCUGAGCAUAUAGUAGAUUAUAGGAAAUUAAACCGAGGGGGCAGAGCAGAGGCGAUUACUGAGUUAUGAUUUCACAAGCCGCCAUAAGCAUCGAGAGGCCAGAUGGAGUGAGAAAACACAACUCGCUCCACUUUGAAGAGAGUUAAGUAGAUUAAAUAAUUUAAUCUGAGCUUCAUCAGCAUCUGUUUGAGCCCCUGCAAGGAUUCUUGGAGAUAGAGCUGCCUCAGAUCAGGGAUGGGAUCCUCUGUGCUGCUCCACCACCUGGACUUCCUUCUCAUCUCACUGCUCAGCGGUUUCUGCCUGGUUUAUGCAGAUGACGUGCUGACAAAAGAGGAACAGAUUGGCCUGUUGUUCAAAGCCAAACGGAAAUGUGAAGGGAACAUCAGAUCAAAGCACAAGGUUCCUGACGGUUACUGCUCACCAGAAUGGGAUGGCAUUGUUUGCUGGCCUGAAGGGCCUCCUGGAAAGCUUGUAUCCACGGCCUGCCCAGAGUAUAUCUACGACUUCAACCAUAAAGGACUAGCAUACCGUCGGUGUGACAACAAUGGAACGUGGGAGCUGGCCACAGCCAACAAGACAUGGGCCAAUUAUAAUGAAUGUGCAAAAUUCCUCUACCAUUACAACCACAGCCAUGAAAAGGACGUCUUUCACCGUUUAUAUCUCAUCUACACCGUGGGCUACUCCAUCUCUUUGGGAUCACUCAUGGUGGCUGUCGUCAUCUUGGGAUAUUUUCGACGAUUACACUGCACCAGGAACUACAUCCACAUGCAUCUCUUUGUGUCCUACAUGCUCAGAGCUAUUAGUAUUUUUGUGAAAGAUGUCGUUCUCUACUCUGGAUCGGCGUUGGAGAACAUGGAAAGAGUCACAGUGGAAGACCUCAAGUCCAUUACUGAAGCUCCACCAGCCAACAAAACACAGUUUAUUAGCUGCAAGGUGGUCGUGACCUUGUUCAUGUACUUCCUGGCAACCAAUUACUACUGGAUUCUUGUGGAGGGCCUCUACCUCCACAGUCUCAUCUUUAUGACCUUCUUCUCAGACAGAAAGUAUCUAUGGGGAUUUACUCUGAUUGGAUGGGGAGUACCAGCAGUGUUUGUGACCAUUUGGGCAACUGUGAGAGCCACAUUUGCAGACACAGAGUGUUGGGACUUAAGUGCAGGCAAUUUGAAAUGGAUAUAUCAAGUGCCUAUCCUGGCUGCCGUAGUGGUUAACUUUUUGUUAUUUCUGAACAUCAUCAGAGUCUUGGCAACUAAACUACGAGAAACAAAUGCUGGAAGAUGUGACACAAGACAACAGUACAGAAAACUGUUGAAGUCCACGCUGGUGCUGAUGCCACUGUUUGGUGUCCACUACAUCAUAUUCAAUGCCAUGCCAUAUACAGAGGUAUCUGGAGUUCCCUGGUUGAUCCAGAUGCACUAUGAGAUGCUUUUCAACUCCUUCCAGGGAUUCUUAGUGGCAAUUAUCUACUGCUUUUGCAACGGAGAGGUGCAAGCUGAGAUCAAAAAGUCGUGGAGCAGGAGAACACUGGCUCUUGAUUUCAAAAGGAAAGCUCGAAGCGGCAGUAACACUUACAGCUAUGGACCUAUGGUAUCGCACACCAGUGUUACCAAUGUCACUGCCAGAGGACCGCUGACCCUUCACCUCACCACGAGGCUGGGACCGGUGCCUGUGAACGGACACAGGAACCUCCCCGGGUACGUUAAGAACGGCUCCGUCUCCGAGAACUCUAUACCUUCAUCAGGACAGGAGCUUCACAUUCCCGAAGAGGAGCAUUCUGCUCACCCACGGCCCUGUGAGGACCAGAAACCCUCUCCUGUGGUUGAAGAGGAGAGGGAGACGGUCAUGUGAGACCCAGGGCACUCUGCAUAGCGAUGUAAAGUGGAAAUAACAAAUCAUGAAACACUCUCAGGAUGGUUUGAAGGGGAAUGGCUGCAUGCAUCAACACUGCCAGUUUUUUCCUCCUGUGAACUGAGCCAGAACAUUGCCGACUGAUGAGGCUCAAAGCAAAAAGGGUGUAUCACUUUUGUGAGCUCAUUUGAGGGAUGAUGUUCCCCAUUUUUGUGGCAAUACUCUCAACUAUUCCACCAACCACCUGCCACAAGGAAUGUGUAAAAGGCUGAAAAUAGACUGCCGUUUCUCAUUUCUUCUCCACUGCCGUAAGUGUUGUCGUCUCGCCUUCUGUUUGCAGCGAAUAAGUCUUGUGGUCAUGUUUUGUGCAUAAAUUUACCUGCAGUUUGGUGGGUGCAGUAGAAGCUACCAGUACAAACAGCCUUAAUCACCUAUGUAAAGCCAGGUGGGUUUAGAAUGCACUUAAUGGCACAAAUGUGGACAAUUUCAUCAGCAAGUUUUGGAUAAAGUGCAGGCGUGGCCCAAAAAAAAUUAAAGCUACUAUUGUGAGGCAUCUGUUCAAGGUUUCUGGCAUGGUAUCUCAUUUGUUCUGCAUUGACUUAAAUCCACUUCAGUUUCAAAGGGAAGUUACUCAGGUAAUUGAAGUCCUCUGUUGUUGCACACCUGUUUUUAUACUUUUAAAGUGGUGUUUUAGCAUAGUUGCCAUCUCUCUCCAGAGGAUGCUUGUAUGUUAUAUAAGGCUGUGUUGAUUUUUUUUUCUUCAAAAGUGUUGUACAGUUUUUGCUGUUAGAACAACCCAGUAUUCAUCCCUCUAAUGACAACAGAUUUUAAAUGGUUAAAACUGAAUGUAUCAUAUUCCAUUUUUUUCCUCCAAAACCAUAUCUUAGCGCACACACACACAACCAAAGAACGCCAAAGUAAGAAUAUUUCUUUAAAGGCUGCCUUUCUCUGUGGGUUCAGUGUGAGCUGAGAUGGAAAGAAAAGGGGAAAAAAAAAAAUCAGUGUCUAACAUUCUUAACAAGUUCUCAAAAGAUGAGACCCCAUUUAAAACCACCGGGUGCCAGAAGCAGCCAUUUAUUCCAGUGGAAUUCCUAUUAAAUGGUGAAGAAUCCAAGAAAAUCCUACAUUCACUCAGAAUUCAAAGGUGACAUUUGUAAUGGCUAUUGAAACGAAUAACACAUGGUCCAAUGUUGUGCUGCUUUUUCAUGUAUAUACAUACAAGUCACAAUGUUUACAAAGGUCAGAAAUACAUUAUAAUUGUGAGCUAAAAGUGUUCAUGUGUAUAGAUAUGUUAUGAAGCUGUUUUAAUGUAUUUUUUUAAUGUGUUUGUUUAUGGAAUGUUGGAAAUAUUUGAUUAUGUACAUAGUCCCAAACAGAACUGUUGAGUAUAUUUCCAGGUGACGGAGGGCAUUCAUACGAGCAUUUAAUGAAGCAUUCCACAAAAUAUUUUAGACUCUGUAACUUGUAAUAUACUGCACUUAACCUGCACAUUUGGCAGGAUAGGUCGCAUUAUGUAUUAUACCAAAGACAAAGUUAUUUUGAAGAUUUUCUUUCAUCCAUCAUCUUGUUUACAGUAAACCAAAUCGUCUUAAAGUUUCAGUGAACGUGUGAACAGCGGAGAGGAAAAUGAGAAAACCAUUCAGCAGCUACGCAACAGUGGGCUCAGACCGUUAAUAUUAAGGGCAGUUUUGUUGCUUUAAAAUCCUCAAUUUGGAUUUUUGAAUUAGCUCAGUCUCAAGAUUGAAAUUUAGUUAUUGAUGUUGGUUAACUUGCUAAAAUUUCAGCUCAUAUUUGGGAAAAAAUUUUAUACAUCAGGAGCAACCACCGUUCAAUGCCGAGCUCUGUAAUCCCUUCUUCUGUCAUGCUGUUUUGGUCCCUUCACACCUACUGAGCAAUGCUCCCAAUCCCCUGUUUCCCAGUUUAACAGCACCUGUUGCUAAAUCCCUUAAGACGUGUGCAUUGACUGAUGUUUAGAACCUGACAUGUUCCAGUUUGUCCACACAAGUCUAGGCAGCAAUUAAUACUGAAUCUAAACAGGUAGAUGGCAUUAAACCUAAAUCAUGCUUCUGUUUCAGACAACCCUGCUUCUCCAUUUUCCCGUUCAGCAAGUGCUUAAAGGAUGGUCAGGCAAUAGUCUACAUUUUUCUUAUCACCAGUAAUCCCAGUGGAAAAACCAAAACCAACAAUGAUUUGGCAUAUAAGUAAUGUCUGAUGUAGCUUAUUCCCAUGUGAAAUGGAGCCCCGUUGUCAGAAACAUACUGAUGAGCCAUACAUACACUGGGUGACAUUUUUUUUUCUUUAGGAGAUUAUUUGUCUGUCGAGCAAACACCAAAUAAUCACAAACACAAGAAAUGUGCAAUCUAUAUAUGAAAAGAGACCCCAACACAUUCAAUGAUCAAUACUGUUUUGCCUUUUUUUCUAAAAAAAAAAAAAAAAGCAACACCCAGCUUUUGUUUGAAAUUUUGCAACCUUUUGUUCUGACAAAAGAUAAUGAGAUUAAAUCCUUGUAACUGAGGUUUAGCGAUUCAUAUCUCAAGUGGAAACACAUGGGCUCUGGCUGAGAGACAAAGAUAAAGAGGGUGAUGUCAUAAAGUAUCAGGAUGCCAGACUACCACAUUAUUUGCUCUUUCUGAAGAAUGAUAAAUAGAAAAUCACAGAAAUAUCCACAAUAAUUACCUAUACCAGACAACUUGCAACUGUUUCUGACAGUCGACUCGAACAUUCUCAUGGGGAUUGGCUGUGAUUGCGGUUGAAGGUUGAGUGGCUCGACUACAGCAGCAAUUAGAGGUGGCUGGGAAAGAAAAAGCGACUGAGGUUGAGCAAAACCUUUGUCACUGGAUAAUACAGUGUCUCACUGCCAUGAAAGACUUCAUUUAGCUGGAUUCUUCCAGCCAGUAUUUGCUGCAUUUCUCACUGUUCUGUUGAAUCUGACAGAGUUUGUAAACCAAUCACAGGGUGUGUUAUGCUACCAUUGUGUAAAGUAAAAGAUCGGGCAGCAUUAGAGCAUGAAAAUCUUGGAAACCCUUGGAAAAUCCUAUUUGAGCACUUUAAACCCCUAUGAAACAGUAUUUUGUUCUGAUUGUAUGAUGUAAAAUGAUUGUGUUUUGGAACCCAGCGUACAAUAAGGCCAAUCAUUAUAGAGCUAAUGUUGUAUUUCAGUGUUUCAAAAUACCUCUCAUGGAAGUAUAAAGUGUAUUUCAUUGUCAUUUAUUUAUCUCGUGCUGAAAUGUACUCAGUGGAGCCGUCGGUAGUCUUCAUGCUUUAGAUGCAGUAUGUGGGCAGUGUUUCCUAACACACAUCUGACCUUCUCAUGACUCCAUUGUGAUGUAGGCAUGUUGUAGACAUCAGUGUAAACUCUGGAUAAAGUAGGAAGAUGUGUUCUGGUCUCUAAUGUUCAGCAGUGAAUUGUGAAUAAGAUAAUAAAUCUAUAAUUCUACUGUA